AUGCGCAGCGAAGCCAGUUUUCGUAGCUGCAUUUCCUGCUUGCUGUUUCCAACCGAAGCGAUGGCAGAAGUGAAAGCUGCCUUGAGAUAUGGAGUUAUAGCUGCUUUCUUAAGCUCCACGGUGCUCGCUUUUGUUGAAGAUCUAGAUGAAACGUUUAAAGAUACCAGGUUGAAUGAGAUCUGGCUGGUUGAUUUCUAUGCCCCAUGGUGUGGUUACUGUAAAAAGCUCGAGCCAAUAUGGCAGGAAGUGGGAGCGGAGCUGAAGAGCUCUGGGUCGCCGGUGCAUGUUGGAAAGAUGGACGCUACUGCUUACUCAGGAAUGGCAUCCGAGUUUGGCGUUCGUGGAUACCCGACGAUAAAACUGUUAAAGGGAGAUCUCGCCUACAGCUACAAGGGACCGAGAACCAAAGAUGAUAUUGUAGAGUUUGCCAACAGAGUGGCGGGACCAGCCGUUCGAGCCCUUCCCAGCAACCAGAUGUUUGAGCAUGUGCUGAAACGGCAUGACGUUCUUUUUGUGUACGUCGGUGGGGAGUCUCCUCUCAAAGAGAGGUACAACGAUGUAGCAUCUGAGCUCAUCGUCUACACCUACUUCUUCUCAGCCUCAGAGGAAUCCCUACCAGGGUGCGUGUCUUUGUCAGAGCUUCCUGCUGUUAUUGUCUUCAAGGAUGGAGGUCAUUUUACGUAUGAUGAAUACGAGGACGGUGUCCUGUCAUCGUGGGUGAACAAAGAACGCUUUCAAGGAUACCUUCAGAUCGAUGGUUUUACGUUGUAUGAGCUUGGUGAAACAGGCAAACUGGUGGCGAUCGCGAUCAUAGAUGAGAAGGACCCUACAGAGGAGAGCAGCAGAUUAAAGACCUUGAUGCAGAGGGUGGCGAAGGAAUACAGAGAACAUUUUAACAGGGACUUCCAGUUUGGCCACAUAGAUGGGAACGACUACAUUAACAGCCUCAUUAUGGGCGAGGUGGCCGUGCCCUCUGUAAUCAUCCUCAACACGUCCAACGAGCAGUACUUCCUGCCCAGUGAGCCGAUUGAGAGCAUGGAGCAGCUGGUUCAAUUCAUCAACAGUGUUUUGAACGGUUCUGCACAGGCAUAUGGAGGUGAUGGUUUCAUUCAGAGGGUCAAACGAGUGGCCUUUGAUGCCAGGUCCACCAUAAUGUCUGUGUUUCGUAGCUCUCCGCUGCUGGGCUGCUUCCUUUUUGGCCUCCCGCUCGGUGUAAUUAGCUUGAUGUGCUACGGCAUCUGCACAGCCGAGUCCGAUGAUGGUUUGGAAGACGCUGAUGCGCUCAAAAGGGAGGGGCUAACUGACGAGGAGGAGGAAGAGGAGGAGGAGAGGCAACGCACCGCUGAACUGGAAGGUCCUGAAGACAAGGAGGAGGAGGAGGAGGAUGUUGGUGAAAAGGAUCCUGAAGAGAAGAAAACUGAUUAACGCAGGGGCACGCAUCAGAUAGAAGAUGAUUGACCCAGUCGGACGCGGUGACAUGAAACUCGAAGACAAAUCUGUGUGAUAUCAUUCUUUGUUUUUCAUUUCACUUUUUUCCUCAAAGCCCCUCUAGCACAGACUGUUGUUCUGCUUUUCAGUUCUGUGUAUCGAUGUGAGGCUGGCUUCUUGGCGAAGCCUCUGAAUUAAAAAUAACAGCCUUUUCAAUUAUGGAGCGUGAACAAUAAACAGGAA